AUGCCUAAACAUCAUAAAAAGAGAGAUAACAAAUAUAAAGCUCUGAGCCAAAAGGAAUCUAAUGUUAAAGUCAUUAAAACAUUACAAAAAGGACUUGAAGAUUUACCAGGCAGUGUCAUAAAGCAUAUUUUGAGUUAUGUUCCAAGCAGACGAUAUUCAGCUCAAGUCAACAAAAGACUCUAUAGAUUGGCUUGUGAAGUUGAUAACGAAAGUGACAAGCAAACCAUGAAACUGAUGAUUCCUCAAGUUUCUGUCGAUCGAUUAUGUCAACAGAGAGAAAGCUCACAGAAUAUUAUUUCAACAAAUGUCUUUUCCUGGGAGAUAAUGGAUUAAUAUUCUUUUUUGUCCAAAAAAUUCUGCUGAAAUUCAAGUCAAAUGUUCGAGUUCUGUGCUUAAACAAAUGUAUAUUGUCCGAUGAUCAACUAUGCUGUCUUCUCCGUUUUGUUCCUGAAAUUAAAAAACUUGCGCUGAUUAACUGCCGUAUUAAACUGUCAAGUACAUUAAUAGUCGAUUUUACGCUUAAAAAAUUGUCAUCAAUUGACUUUUCUGAAACUCGAUGCUUUGGAAGUCAAGUUGAUCGAAAAUCAAAUAAUUUGAUUAAAAGCAUUUUACAAUCAUUGACCGUUAAUUCAACUAUAAGAAAAGUUACAGCUUGUGGACAUGUUGCCAAAUACUUUCCUUUAAAUCAAACAAGAUUAACUCAUUUGAAAUUAGAAUCUGUAACACCUGCUGAUAUCAGAAUUGGAGAUCUUUUUUAUCAACAAUAUCAACUUGCAUCCCUUGAUCUCUCAAAUUGUUUCAUCAUGAAUGACGUACUGCUAUCAAUCAAAAACAAUUUAAAUGAUUUAAAAACACUUAAAAUAAAAGCUGAAGGAAUUGUAUCGUCGGGAUUCUCAAUAAUUGAACGAAUGAAUUUGGAAGAAUUUGGACUUGUUGUUGGUAAAGAAAAAUGGGCAUUGAAUGCUCUUACCUCCUUUAAUUUUAGAAAAAUUAGAAAAGUUUACAUCAGCAUUCAAGAUUUAAUCAUUACACCCAGAUGUUGCGAAUCGUUAUUGAAGAACAUGAAGAAUAUGGAAAGCCUUCAUAUCGUCACCAACAUGUUGGAUAUUAUUUCCAUUAUCUUCAGAACAGCAGGAUUGCGAUGCAGUUUACUUCAUUGUAUAAUUGAAUUCGUUAAUGUUGACAAACUGAAACACAUUCCGGAGGUUGAAACAAAUUUGAAUCGAGCCAAUAUAAUUGAAGAAUUCAAAAUUGUCAACACCAGCAAAAGACUGGCAAAAAGAUUAGAUUUCUCUUUCUUAAAAUCAUUUUUGAAUAUAAGAAAACUUGUCAUCAAUGGAUUCUUCAUUAAUGAUGACCUUCUUAUCCUUGCAUUCGAGCACCAUUACAAGCUUGAAGAACUGACGAUUUGUGGAUGGAAAAAUAUGGACCAAGAUUUCAUUUUUGAUGUUUCAGAAAAUAGUAUGAUGGAGUACCUGCUACAUGAAUAUGGAAGAAAAUUAAAAAGAUUAGAAAUUGAUUGCAUAAGAUUCAUAUUAUCUGGCAAUUACAUAAAAUCUAAAUUCCCAGUUAUUAAUCGUAAUGACCCUUCACUCAUUUUUCGUUAUCGUUAAAAAUUUUAACGAAUAAAAAAUAUUUAAAAACAAUCGGUUAAAAAACCGACCGAACAUUCCCUUGUCUUAAACCGAUUGAUUUUGUUUAGUAAAUGAGCUCAUAAUUAAAGGACAAUAAAUAAUUAAAACAACACCAAACAA